UUCUUUUUUUUUUUGUUAAUCAUCUCUUAUCGUCCUCGCGAAAAAAAAGUGAGGAGGAGAGAGGAUCAGCAGAAAGAGAGGAAAGGACCAACAACUAACAUCAAUUCCUCUUCUUCUUCCUCCUUGGCGUUGUCCAAUCCGUUCAUUCGUACGUUCGUACGUUCGUUCGUUGGUACGUCUGUCCCUUCUCGGUCCCUUCACUGAGGAAACCACCUUGGAAGUGCAACACGGAUCCGAACGAGGAACGACCACGUCGGCACCAUGAGGAUCAAAAUGCCCGCGGUCAGGAUCGCGCAAGCGGAAACUUCGCAAAGUAGUACGUCCCCAGACACCGUCCAAUGCGGAGGUUGCAGGGCGUCCUAUCCCCUUGGCGAGAUAGUUCGUUUCAUCGAGCACAAGGUCAACCACUGUCGCAGUACUCUCCAAGGGUGUCACAGUCCUCCGGCUACUGCAGCACCAGAGGACUCGGAUCCCGAGGAUGCUCUUGCCCUUAAAACUACCGAUCAAGAUUCAAAACUUAAUUCGGUACCAAGUAUUUCCGCGCCGAUCAACAAAAGGGGUGGUAGACUUGAAAGUCCACCAACGCCUCAGGGUACAGCACCGGAUACCGGAAGUCCGAUCGAGCUUAGAGCUAGUGCAAGUUCGACGCCGAAAAGACGAACGGAGGAUAUCGACGAUGACAAGGAAGAACUUCCUAAGAAGCAAAAAACCGAGUCUGUCGAUGCUGACACCAAUACCGUCAAUUCCGAACCAAGAUGGCUGCAAUGUUCGCAAUGUUCAAGACGAAUGUCGUCUGCGUGGGAGUUACUUCAGCACGCGCAAAGCGUCCACGGUGCCCGUUUAUAUAGUUCGUCCUCACCGUCGACGAAUUCCUCGUCAAAUACACCAGCACCUAGUCCACCCACGCCCACGCCAACGCACGCGCAUCACCUAAGUCCGCCGAAUCACUUGAAUUUAAGCGGCAAGUCGACCGGAAGUUCAUCCGCAGCCAACAGUUCAGCCGGAACGAACACGAGCGGUAGCAGUGGAAGUCGUCAGCAACUACAAACGUCAGCAGCCUCGUUGGUUGGUGACCCAUUACACAGUUUCUUAAGGCUACCCCAACAUUUGGAGAGAAGUUUUCCACCGAUGUUCAGGCCAGAUUUCUUAGCGUUAAACCCAUUGGCCAGUUACAGAGGUCUACAAGAAUUACAGACAGCAACGAGAAAUUUACAAAACCUAGGUGAUCCGUUACGUGGUAUGGACGGUUUAAAUUUAGGUGAUCCACUCGUUCGUAGCUCGUUGGAUUCUUUAAACAAUGCAAGAAAUUUAGCAAAUUUAGCCGAAUUAUCUCACGGUCGUGCAUUAAGUGCACAGGCACAUCCACCACCUUUAGAAGCCAACCUGGAUUUUUACUCGGCGCGCCUAAGGAGCCUCGCUAAUCCGUCCUUAGGCGCGGCUCCACCAAACAGCGGAAAUCCCAAUCCCAGCAACUCGAAUCCUGCACCACCAAGCGUUACCAGCGUUGUACCAGUACCAUCAACAUUACAAACUCAACAACAGCAACAACAACAACAAUCUCAACAAAGACCACCUUCUCGUGUACAACCGGUAGUAGAACCACCGAGUCCAGCUACUAACAAUCCGGCUAAUCUAACGCAUAGUAAUCAUCAGAAAGAAAAUUCGCCACCUUGUUACAGUCAAAGUCCUGUUGGACAUCACAAUAAUAAUAAUUCGACGGAUAGUGAAAAAACUAGUCCACCAGUAGCCUCUACUCCUAUCAUUGCUGAUUCCGGUUCGGAGACAAUUUAUGCUUGCGAGGUUUGCGACAAGAAAUUUCGAUUUCAAUCGAACUUGAUCGUUCAUCGACGUAGUCAUAGAGAAAAGGAAAGACAAUAUCAGCAAGAUGGUGGUACCCAGGAUGGACAGACAGGUCAACAAAAUACAAGGUGUGAAGUAUGCGAAUUAGAAUUGUCGAACUUUGCCGAAUUAAGGAAACAUAUGAGGAAGGAGCAUCAAGAUACAUUGAACGCCGCUGCUAGUCCUCAAGGAAGCGUUGAGACGGUCCCGGACGAUGGAUCGAGUUGCGACGAAAAUAUGGAUUUGGACGAGGUCGAGGAAAACGAUCAGAAAGCUGAAAGAGAGGACAUCGAGGAGAAUACACCAGAGGAUCUAAGUACGACGCAGGGUCAGAGUGGUGAAGAGAGUAGCGGUAGGAUCGAUCAAAAACCUGACAGUCUGGUCGGUGAUCUCAUGGAAAAAUUUGGUUUGAGUAACAUAGCGCAAUACUCAGAAGCUUACAGGCAAGCACUUCAAGAAAAUCAUCGAGGUGGUUUCAUCAAAACCGAAUCUUCAUCGAAUUUAGCCAAUUCUUUGAACAAUAACAAAGAAAAGGACAGUGCAUUAUCACCAACGAACUUUAAUUCAUCUACGACAGCUAACAUUUUUUCGGGACAAGGUUUUCCAAGAUCGUCCGGGCCAGAUUUCGGUGGUCUUUGGUUACCUAGUCCACAUUAUUUGGAAAACAACGAAUUUCGGAAAGCUUCGAAGGCAACCACAUCUAGUUUGGCGCUUCAAGGCUUACCAAGUCCACUAUUGAAAAAAGAAAGAAGUGGUAGAAACGAUACUUGCGAAUAUUGCGGCAAGGUAUUUAAGAACUGUUCGAAUUUGACGGUUCACAGACGAUCGCACACUGGUGAAAAACCGUACAAGUGCGAGCUUUGUUCCUACGCUUGUGCACAAAGUUCUAAAUUAACUAGGCAUAUGAAGACACAUGGUAGACACGGCAAGGACACUUACAAGUGUCGUUUCUGCGAGAUGCCAUUUUCUGUACCGAGUACACUCGAGAAACAUAUGAGGAAAUGCGUGGUGGUAGUACAACAGGGUCCUAAACUUGGCAUGCCAUAUCCAGGUAGUCAGGAUGAGGAUUCUUCAUUAAGCACAAAGGAUACUUGAUCCUGGAAUGGAAGUUUACCGCCCAUUCCGCCAUUGUGGCCACAUAGGCCACCUUACCCGGUUUAUUGAAGGGUGUGAUUCUUCCAUUAGGUCGAUGCCAUGGCCUUGAAAGUCUACCAAAAUGCAAAAAUAAAAAGAGAGAGGUUGAAGUCCUCCUCCUCCUUGGUACAAAGUCCUGUUUAAAUGAGUUCAUCUAAAUGUUGAUAAAUUAUCAACUAAAGAUCGUAAAGGAUGCCCUUUUCCUGUAUCAUCGAAAGAAUCGAUUACAGGAUCGGUUAACUUGGCUCCAGGAGCCUGGAAAUGGCUCGCAGGACUAUGAAGAAGAAAGAUGGAUUAUAAAGAAGAAAGAAGAUAAAUCUAUACGUGAAAUACACGUAGUUUCAACAUGGAACAAGAAGAAGAAGAAGAAGGAAAAGAAGAUUAUAUCCUCACUCGUAUACCUUUUAAAGAUCGUUCGUGAUCUUUUUGAUAAAAGAAUCGAGUUAGGUUGGUCCAAAAAAUAAAUAAGAAGACAUGGAGAAUUUGUUCUCUGUUACUUCUCGUUUGAUUUUGUUAAUUAACAAAUGAGAGAAGAUUAAAUAAAAAAAAAAGAAAUAUAUUAAGCGAACGAAUGGUUACCACUUUGCGAGUCUCAGCACAGCUAUAUUCAAAAUGAUAUCGCUAUAAAUACUUAUAAAUAAACGACGCUAUAAA